CUGGGGCGUUAGAAACCGCACACUAGAGCUGGCUGGCUCCCUCUGACAGUCUGGAGGACGUUUGGGACCUUGACCCCUAGUGAGGGGCACAAGAGAACAUCAUGCAGGAUCCAAAUGAAGACACAGAAUGGAAUGAAAUUUUAAGAGAUUUUGGCAUUCUUCCUCCAAAAGAAGAACCAAAAGAUGAAAUUGAGGAGAUGGUGUUACGCCUGCAGAAGGAGGCAAUGGUUUCUGUUUUAGUUAAACCGUAUGAGAAGAUGACCCUUGCACAGUUGGAUGAAGCUGAGGACGAGUUUGAUGAGGAAGAUAUAAAAGCCAUUGAGAUAUACAGAGAAAAGCGGUUACAGGAAUGGAAAGCACUUACGAAGAAACAAAAAUUUGGGGAAUUGAGAGAAAUUUCUGGAAAUCAGUAUGUGAAUGAAGUUACAAAUGCAGAAAAAGAUUUGUGGGUUGUAAUUCAUCUAUACAGAUCAAGCAUCCCCAUGUGCUUAUUGGUUAACCAGCAUCUUAGCCUCCUGGCAAGAAAGUUCCCCGAAACGAAAUUCCUUAAAGCCAUCGUGAAUAGCUGCAUUGAACACUACCAUGACAACUGUUUACCAACAAUUUUUGUUUAUAAAAAUGGUCAGAUAGAAGGCAAAUUCAUUGGAGUUAUAGAAUGUGGAGGGAUAAAUCUCAAGCUAGAAGAACUUGAAUGGAAACUAUCAGAAGUUGGCGCAAUACAGACUGACUUGGAAGAAAACCCCAAAAAAUGCAUUGCAGAUAUGAUGGUGUCUUCAAUUAGAAAUGUUUCCAUUUACGACAGCGACAGCUCCAACAGUGAUAAUGAUGCCAAAUAGAACUAGUUAAUAAAUAGUUUUAAAGUAUGUAUAAAAUGCUUUAUUUCCUAUUGACUUUAUAAUCAGAUAAAAAUGUAUGGACCUUAUUUUCAUCUUUAUGUAAGAACUAUAGCCUACAUGGCAACUGAAAAUCUUCCAGGUAUUUUAAGAUUAUUGUCUCUUGCAAAUAUGAAUUUUUGCUCCUUAAUAUUUUUCUGUGACUUAUUUUUUUCUGACUACUGUUGGACAACACCAACAAAUACUUUAAGUCUUCUGUGUUCCCUAAUCACUUCCAAAAAGACCCAUGAGAGGAAAUACAUAUAGCUUUAUAAGUUAAAUUAAUACAUUUUGUAUGUCUGCACCCAUGUCUGUAUAGGUGGCCAAGCCUGUGAGUGUGCAUGUGGAGGUCAGAGGUCGACUUUGGGUGCCUUCCUUAACUGCUCUCUGCCUUAAGUUCUGAGAUAGGGCCUCUCAUGACAAAGCGGGCCUGGCUGAGCAAGGAGUGCGCUCCCCUGUGCCAUCCUUAGGUCCUUGCACUGUGCUCCCCGAUGCUGCCUGACAGGCACACAGUGCCAAACCUGGCUUUGAGGUGGGUGCCGAGGACCCGGACCAAGGCUCGUGUUUGCAGUUCACCAGGGGAGCUGUCUCUACAGACUCUGAGUUGAUACAUCGUAGAGUCGAUUUUCUGGGAAAAUCUUAUCAAAGAAAUGGCUACCUAGUUAUGUCCAUUUAAUCCCUGAACGCCUCAUGAAAUGGAUGGAUUAAUUCUGGUUCAGGACACAACAGUGGUGGGCCGAAGGGAAGAGCCACAUUAUCCUGAAGUCACAAUGCCGUUUUUGUUUUUUGUGCUCUCUAAUGCAUGUAAACAUGAGCAUUAGCUUUCCUUCCAGUGAAACCAAGUGAAAACCUCUCCACAAUGUAGUCCUCUCCUUUGGUCUUAAAUUUUAUUUAUUUAUUUAUUUAUUUAUUUAUUUAUUUUGCUUUUUUGAGACAGGGUUUCUCUGUGUAGCUUUUGGAACCUGUCCUGGAACUCAUUUUGUAGACCAGGCUGGCCUCCAACUCACAGAGAUUCACCUGUCUCUGCCUCCCGAGUGCUGGGA